AUGGGCGUCGACCCUUCGAUCUCGCAACCUGACCUGAAGAAGCGCUUCUACGUCCUCUCCAAGGAACACCACCCAGACCUACACCCAGACAACAAGCAGGCCGUCCAAAAAUUUCAAGAGAUCUCCGAGUCUUACUCAGUCCUAAGCAAUCCCGAGAAACGGAAGCGCUACGACCGCGAUCACCUGCUCCGCUUCCGCCAACAACAAGACUACGGCGAACAAACACGGGGCGGAACGUAUGCAGGAAGUCGCGCACCGACUGGCUUGAGUCGAAGAAGAUCUGCAUUUCGUGGUCCUCCUCCCAGCUAUUUCCGGAAUGGCCAAGGUGGGAGCUAUGAUCCCAACGUGAACCCUCAUGCCCGUCAGUCGAGUGCAUCGUCAUCCGCAUCGUCCGCGAACACGGGCUACGACUACCAUCCGGGCGGAUAUGCGCCUCCUGGCACAGCGUCGGCGGACUUUGACUCCGCGCCAGUGUACAAGACGCAGUCACAAGAGGACGUGAGAAGGAAUGCGAGGCGCGCGGCUGCCCUGGCGGAAGCGCAGGAGGCUGCAGAGCAAGAGGGUGAUUUCUGGGCGAGAUUUGUCAUGGUCAGUCUGGUGUUGGUUGCGGCAGUGACAAUCGGAAGUCUAUUCGUGGGCAGUAAUCAUGGACCAGUGGGUAAAGGCAAUAGCGGCGGACUGGUGAGGGGAGACGGUACGCGGAGGGACACUGCUGGUGGACGAAAGACGGAGGCGAAGCAGUAA